AUCUAAGUAAAAGAAUGAAAGAAGUGUAACUCGGGUCGGAAAAGGGCAGAAGCAAAAGGCAAAUAGGGCAGUAACAGUAGCUGAAGCGAGUGUGUUUAUCGUAGCUGAAGUGAGUGCAGCAAAUUGAGGAUUUUGUUCCACUCUGACUUCCAAGCAAUGGCAAUCCCUCUGUAAUCCAAGACGACGUCGUAGCCAUGUCCACCACAAUCCCAUCCCUCGUGUCCUUCAAACCCUCGUUCCCAUCCACCAAAGUCCAUGCCUUUAGGCCUCAAUUCAGACGCAACAUUAUUGGGUUUUCUCUCAAACCCCCCAGAUUCUCUCUGGGGAAGCGUUUCGCUGUAAACGACAAAGGGGGUGGCGGUGAUGUCGUCGUUGGGGUGGAUGAAGCAGAGAAGGAGGCUCGAGGACAGAGUACUAUGCCGGAACGGUUUCGGUAUCUUGCUAAAGAAGCUCCCACUCCUCCUCUUAGGUGGCCAUGGUUUGUGGUAAUGGCUUUUCUCAUCUAUGCUUGGAGAGCUGUUCUAUUUGAACUGUCAAAUUGGAGGAAUGCUGCAUUUGCCAUUGUUCGUUUUAUAGGAUACCUCUUGAAAUAUGCUUUGGCUGUGGUCUACCAUUUCAUAGGAAGUCCAAUCACUUUUUCAGUUAGAUGCGCAGAGGAUUUAUUUUACACAGUGCGGGCUUGUUACUCUUGGAUAAUUGCCAAUGCUCCUGUACCAGACCUGACCAUCAUCAUUGUGCUAGCAUCAAUUGUUUUAGCCAUUGCCGAAGCUACUGUGCCGAACUGUGUAAACAACCAACCUUAUGUUCUUACUGUGUCUGGUCUAAUUGGAUAUGCUGCUGUUAGAGGCUAUAUCUCUGAACCUUUAUUCUGGACCCUUCUGCUUGGUGUGUAUGGUUUCUCAAAAUUUGUUAAGAAGAGCGAUGAUAUUUCAUCUGCAAUGCCUGUUGCAGCCGUGCUGGCUGCUGUCGGGGAGCCUUGGGUUAGAGUUUUGGUGAUUGUUUCAUACACGGCCUUAGCUAUAUAUCAGCAUUCCAAAAUGCUUUCAGAAGGGAAAGAAGUUGAAGAAGUAGAAACAAGAGUGAGGCUUCCAAUUCCACUUCUUUUUGCAGCUUUGGCUAUUGGCUUGAGAAUCGCCGCCAAGUGGGCUGGGUACCGGCACUUGACUUGGAUGAUUGUAUGACUGCAGAGAACUAAUGUAGCUGAGAGUCUAAAGAAGAAUGAAGUUUUGUGGUCUAUAAAGUUGAUGUAGGAUAUGAUAUUGAUGGAUAGAGAUUAUUAUUCUGUUCUAGUUGCAAUUAUUGUAGUGUUCUUCGCAUGUUUUAAAAUGGAGAAAUGAAUCACUAGGCUGUGCCUUUGCAUAUAAGCUUCUUGUCUCAUUGUAUCAGUUAAUGCAUUUUGCAAUUUUGAUUUGAGGCCACUGCAGCCUACAUCUUAUUUGUUAUACCAACGUUGAAUUUUAUGUUUUUGGAAUGAAAGGAGUGAAAUGGAGGGGAAAAAGAUGCAAAAGAAAGGCCAAGUUUCUAUAGAUUGGAUAUAUUUGAUUCU